AUGUUCUUGCCCACUCUGCUAAGCCAGGCCACCCCCGAACAGCAGGACCAUUUCUUCAUGCCUGCCUGGAACUUGGAGAUCAUUGGGACAUAUGCUCAGACUGAAAUGGGACAUGGAACCCACCUCCGAGGACUGGAGACAACAGCCACCUAUGACCCAUCUACACAGGAGUUUAUACUGAAAAGCCCCACUGUGUCCUCUAUCAAGUGGUGGCCUGGAGGGUUGGGAAAAACAUCAAAUCAUGCGGUAGUGUUGGCACAGCUCUAUACCCAGGGGGACUGUAAAGGGCUUCAUGCCUUCAUCAUUCCUUUUUGCCAAAUGGGCACCCAUGAACCAUUGUCAGGAGUAACAGUUGGGGACAUCGGGCCUAAGUUUGGUUUUGAUGAGAUUGACAAUGGUUUCCUGUCAUUCAACAAGUUCCGAAUACCAAGAGAAAACAUGCUGAUGAAAUAUGCUAAGGUAGAACCAGAUGAAACAUAUGUAAAGCCACUCAGAGAUAAACUGACAUAUGGUACCAUGGUGUUUAUCCGCUCAAUGAUAGUAGGGGACUCGGCAAGAAGCCUUUCUCGGGCCUGCACUAUUGCAAUUCGGUACAGCGCAGUACGAAACCAGUCUGAGAUCAUAGUUGGGGAUCCAGGGCCACAAAUCCUCAAUUUCCAGACCCAGCAGUAUAAGCUGUUUCCUCUGCUGGCCACGGCCUAUGCAUUCAACUUUGUAGGUUUAUACAUGAGCCAGACAUAUCAAAGGAUAAAUGGAGACAUCCAGCAGGGUAACCUGAAUGAAUUACCAGAGCUCCAUGCCUUGUCUGCGGGACUGAAAGCCUUCACUACAUGGGUUUCCAGUGCGGGUAUCAAGGAAUGCCGGAUGGCAUGUGGAGGGCAUGGAUACUCAAGAUGCAGUGGAAUCCCUGACAUCUAUGUCACGUUUACCCCAGCCUGCACCUAUGAGGGGGAGAACACUGUGAUGAUGCUGCAGACAGCCAGGUUCCUGUUUAAAAGUUACACUGCAGCCAUAUCAGGAGAACGUCUUGGUGGGAUGAUUUCGUAUCUGAACGAUGUACCCUCUCGGCAUGUACAGCCUCAGCCUUUGGCUGGUUGGUCUCAAAUCGACAUCAAUGAUUUGCUCAGUUUGGUGGAAUUUGGCGGGCAACUUCCUGAGCAAGUGGGAAGAUUGAGGAAGUGA